UGGACAUUGCUGUCGAGUGUGUGCAGCCUAUACAAGGCCGGUGAGCCAGUCCAGGUUGCCUCAACGCGCUCAGAUAGCUGCACUUAUCACCCUCUUUCGUGACCGCAAAAAAAAGCGGCACUUCGCAAGCCCUGACAGCUUAUUUACAAGGUCUCGCCAGGUGUGCAGCAGCUGAGACGCCUGCCGACGCGACUAGCAACCAACAAGAUGGCCAGGCUAUUCGUAGCAACAAGCGCACUAUGCGCACAUGCGCUGGCACCCACGCCUUCGCGCGCGAGGCCCCGCCGCGCCACGGUCGCCAUGACCGCGACUGUGGCACCGCCCUCCCUCGAGGUCGGCGCCCAGAAUUUAGAUUGGCCGAACAUCGGCUUCGAGUACCGGCCGACGCGGUCGUUUGUGCACUACAGAUACAGAAACGGUGAAUGGGACGGCGGCGCGCUGGAGCCCGCCGGCUUGGACGCCACGGUACCCGUGUCAAUCGGCGCGACGGCUUUACACUACGGCCAGUCUUUGUUCGAGGGUCUCAAGGCCUUCGCGUGCAAAGAUGGUUCGGUAAGAUUAUUCCGACCGACGGCGAACGCGGCUCGCAUGGCGCGAGGGGCUGCUCGCACAUUGAUGGAGGCGCCCGACGAGGCGUUGUUCGUCGAGGCCUGCGCGCGCGUCGUGCGAGAAAAUUUGGACUACGUGCCUCCGUAUGGUUCUGGAGGCGCUUUGUAUGUCAGACCACUGCUGUACGGCGCCGGCCCGAGAAUAGGGUUGCAGCCCUCCGACGCCUACGACUUCCUCGUACUCGCUACUCCGGUCGGCGAUUACUACAAGGGCGGCCUCGGCAAGCCCGUCAAGGCCUGUGUCGUCGAGGAGUACGACCGCGCCGCUCCGAGAGGCGUCGGGUCUGUCAAGCUCGCAGGAAACUACGCCCCCGACCUCAAGCCGAACACGGAAGCGAAACAAAGUGGCUACCCCAUCGGGCUCUACUUGGACGCGGGGUCCAGGACAUAUGUGGAGGAAUUCAGCACCUCGAACUUUGUCGGUAUCUGUGGCGAGACGGGGAAAUACGUGACACCGCAGUCCGACGCGAUUCUACCGUCCAUCACGAACGAUUCAUUGAUGAAGCUCGCGGAGCGGUCGGGCAUGACGACCGAACGGCGGCCCGUGGCCUUCGACGAGAUCGCUUCCGGAAAGUUCUCGGAGGUCGCCGCUUGUGGGACUGCUGUCGUGUUGACGCCCGUUGGUUCGAUAGCAAGGGGUGGUUCGGAAUAUGAGUUGCAACAUAACACGGAGCCGGGGCCGACGUGCCUCGACUUGUACACGAGGCUGACCGACAUCCAGCGGGGCGACGCGCCCGACGAGGACGGGUGGACGCACGUCGUCGUGCCGCCGUCGUAGGCGAGUAAGAAGACUAAAAUGCGCC